AUGACGAACGGCGAGAUGUCGCCGUUCGUCAUCGUCAUCUACUUGGUGCCACGUCGCCAACGGCGACGUGGCAACCAAACGACGGACGACGACAUUUCGUCGUCCGUCGAUUCUGUUCAUAUUAUCACUGCGAGCACCUCCACCCUCCGUCCCCAACCCACUGACUAA